AUGGGUAACCAGAAUAUCACGUCAAAGAUGUCAGGUCAAGGUCAAAGUCAAGAUGUUCAAGAACCUACGUCAGUAGAGAAUGCACAGAUAGAUGAGAGCGUGGAUGAUAAGAUUACAGCUCUACGAAGCCAAAGGAAGCAAUUACGUGGAAAGCUUACCCGCUCAAUCAACCGUGUUCAAACCAAUAUACGAAAGGGUGAAACUGACUCUAAAAGAUUAAAAAGGGAACUUAAACAAAUAGUUCGUGAUUAUGAACAGUGCUCAUUUGUUCAUGAAUGUCAACCUCCAGGAAAUCAUCUAGGCUCCACAAAUUUUCACAAUCGCCAUAUGCUAGGCCGUCUACCUCUCAAUACAGUUCAGCAUCCACGUCUGAAUGAAUGCCACCUCUUAGAUUUGGAAGAUAAAUUUUCUUUGGUUAAGAAUAAAGAAGGUGGUCUUACUAUUAAAAUACAAUCUACAAUUCAUCAGCUGCUUUCAUCGUUGGCAGAACUGACUGUAGCAGAUACUGCACCAGUUACUGCACCGGCUGCUGCAAGUCCAUCAAAGAUAUGUUUUUACCAUUGUAAGUUAUUACAGUUGGCGUUUCUGUUUUGA